CUUUCCCGAUGCGUAGAUGAGAUAACGAUGCCCGGAAAAUAAAUAUCUUCCCUUUUUUUUCUCUCCUCUCUCUCUCGGUAUCAUCCGUGGAGAAGGUAUUGCGUUGCCAUCAGACAUCUCUGUUACUAUUCUCAGACAAGUUUGUGUUCGAGGCACUUCAAGAAUCUCCAACGUUAAAGAAACAGAAUCUACUCGGGGAAUCUUCUGGAAUCUCUUUGCCUUGUGCUGGCGAGUUGUCACUUGGUGGAGAUUUAAGACAAAACAUUUAAACUCAUGGGAGAUAAUGUUCUUCAACCUGUAAUGGACAUUGAGUUCAUGGAUGAGUUGCUAUUCGAUGGUUGCUGGUUAGAGACCAUGGAAGAAUCCGAGUUCCUCGACUUCUCUCCUUCAACUUCCAUUAACCCGUUUGAUCCAUCUCCAUUAACACGGUCUCCUCCUCAAGAUACACAAACAAUCUCCAGUUCGGACAUAUCUCAGAUGUUCUGUCAGGACAUCGCCGAAAGAUCCGGUCUUGACGAAGCUGAAGGGAACCGAAGAUGGUGGAUUGGACCAACAAGGGGUAGCCCUGGUGGUCCCGGUUGUUCAGUAAUGGAGAGACUGGUGCAAGCAUUGAAGUACAUCAAAGACUUCACCAGAGAGAGAGGCUCUCUUAUACAGUUAUGGGUACCUGUGAAUAGAGGAGGAAAGCGGGUCUUGACCACAAAAGAGCAGCCUUUCGCCAUUGAUCCCAUCUGUCGGAAGCUGGCAAGUUACAGAGAGAUUUCAGAGAGCUUCCACUUCAGUGCUGAAAUGGAGGAUUCGAAGGAAAUUCCUGAAUGGAGUCCCGAUGUGAGGUUUUUCAGGAGCGAGGAGUAUCCGAGAGUUCAUCAUGCGCAGGACUGCGAUGUCCGAGGAACAUUGGCGAUUCCUGUCUUCGAGCAAUGUAGUAAGAUUUGCUUGGGCGUUAUUGAAAUUGUGAUGACCACUCAGAUGGUUAAAUCAAGGCCUGAGCUUGAAACCAUCUCCAGAGCUCUUCAGGCAGUUGAUCUUAGGAGCACAGAAGUUCCUGUUCCAUCUCCUGCAAAGGCCCGAGACAUAUCCUACCGAGCAGCAUUACCCGAAAUCCGGAACCUGUUGAGAUGUGCAUGCGAAACACAUAAACUACCACUAGCUCAGACAUGGGUAUCCUGUCUCCGACAAGACAAACCCGGCUGCCGACACAACAUCGAUAACUACGUCCACUGUGUCUCGACAGUCGACGAUGCUUGCUUCGUCUUCGAUCCGACCGUUCAGGAAUUCCAUGAGGCUUGUUCCGAGCAUCAUCUCUUGAAAGGGCAGGGAGUUUCAGGUCAAGCCUUCUUGACCAACCAGCCUUGCUUCUCGCCUGACGUCACCGUCUUCAAGAAAACAGAGUAUCCACUCUCUCACCAUGCCACCGUGUUUGGCUUGCGUGCCGCCGUUUCCAUCCGCCUUCGUUCGAUCCUCACCGGCUCUGCAGAUUUCGUGUUGGAGUUCUUCUUGCCAAAGGGUUGUCGGGAUUUGGAAGAACAGAGGACAAUGUUGAAUUCUCUCUCGACGAUCGUGGCAAAUAUGUCUAGAAGCUUGAGGACUGUAUCGGAUAAGGAGCUGGAAGAAGAGGCUGAGUCCAUGAGGGGCGAAGUGAUCGAAAGGGAAGAGAUGGUACCGAAGGUAGAGGAUAAUCUCCAUGAAAGUUCUUCGUGGAACACCGAAUCCAGACAGAUUAAGAGUGACCUUCGAAAGCUAGGACAGGUAUCCAAUGGAGGAGGAGCUUCAGAGAUUGGCGAGCAGAAUGGGGGAGGUUUCAGUAUAAUGGCUGAGAAAAAGCGUGCAAAAACCGAGAAAACCGUCACUUUGGAUGUCCUCCGCCAGUACUUUGCUGGUAGCCUGAAAGAUGCUGCCAAGAGUCUCGGUGUUUGUCCAACUACUCUGAAGAGAAUAUGCCGGCAGCACGGGAUACAGAGGUGGCCAUCUAGAAAGAUCAAGAAAGUCGGUCGUUCCUUGCAGAAAAUCCAACGGGUCAUUGCCUCGGUUGAAGGAGUUUCCGGCCCUCUUCCCGUUUCCUCUUUCUACCCGAACUUCCCCAACACAUUGCAGCCAGCAAAAAACUGUCCCGCUCCGUUUCUUUUACAACACGGAAGCCAUGUCAAAUCUCCUUCUUCUUCCUGUACUCAGAGUUCUAGCUCUAGCCAGUGUUAUUCUAGCGAAACACAGCUAAACAACUUGCCGGUAUCCCGUAAAUCUUGCUCUGCAGAAGACACUGUUAAUGGGGAGAACAGCUUAGUCAAUGACUGUGCGACGAAGAGGACGAGAAGUGAAGCCGAGGUUCACAGUUUGAGCCGGGAAGAGACGACCACCUUCUUCUCCAGGUUGCAGAGCCAUGAUUCUCUCAAGGAAAACCCUAGUUUGGAAAAUACCCAUUUACCGUCUUCCCAAGAUGAAGAUUUUCUGCGGAUGAAGGUCACAUAUGGGGACGAGAAGAUCCGGUUCAGGAUGAGAAACUCUUGCAGAUUAAAGGACCUAUCGAGGGAAAUAGCCAAGCGGUAUAACAUAGACGAUAUGAGCAGAUAUGAUCUCAAGUACUUAGACGACGAUAACGAAUGGGUACUACUGACGUGUGAUGAUGAUGUAGAGGAGUGUAUAGAUGUCUGCGGAUCUUCACCGGGCCAUACCAUCAAGCUUCUGCUUCAGGUCUGUUCUUUCCAUCUGCCGGAACGUUCUUCUGUCAGCGGAUGACAUUGGCCACCAUUCCUUUCCCGGUAAAAGCUCAAAUCUUUUCGACGUUCCUGGUUAAAUUGUGUUCUUUCCUGAGAAGGGUCGAGUCAGAAUAUUGUGUUCGAGCAAGAACCAUGUCAAAAAAGCUUCAUUACCAGACAGAUUGGUUACGGGAAGAAGAAGAAGAAGAAGACUGUUUUAGGACAUGAGAGAAAGAUGUUAAGGUUGUUUACAGGGUUAAAGAUGGUGGUGAGUGGCUUUUGUUGUGGAAAGCACAAGAAAGAAAACGUGUAGAGAGAAUCCCUUCAAAAGAAUUUUGAAGCUUUGAGGCUUUUAAUUUCUUCUUCAGUUAUGUGUUGUCUUCUUUACUUGAGUAUGAUUUGCAAAUGUAUAUAUA